GAUUAAACAACACAAAUCCAUUUAGAGUUAAUUAACUAGUCUCUCCUUAAUGCAUGCCAUGGAAGUUCUAAUUUCCUUUGUUCUUAUUCCCUUCUCUGUUUUCAUACUUUUGCAAUGGCUUGCAUCAAAAUAUUACAAACCAAAAACCGUAGCCAAUUACAACUACAAAUUGCCACCUGGUCCAAGAAAAUUACCUAUCAUUGGUAACUUGCAUCAACUAGCAUUAGGAGGAAAACUACCACAUCAUAGUCUCAAAAAUCUUUCUAUAAAACAUGGACCUUUAAUGCACAUAAAACUUGGUGAAAUUAAUACAAUUGUUGUUUCCUCCUCAAACUUAGCCAAAGAAGUAAUGAAAACACAUGAUGUGUCUUUUGCUAAUAGACCACAAAUUGUUGCAUCUGAAAUUUUAGCAUAUGGAAACAAAGAUAUUCUAUUUGCUCCAUAUGGUGAUUAUUGGAGACAAAUGAGAAAAAUAUGUGUCACAGAAAUUCUAAGUGCUAAAAGGGUUCAAUCUUUUUCUUACAUUAGAGAAGAUGAGACAAAAAAAUUUAUACAAUCAAUUAUGUCAUCUGCAGGCUCAAAAAUCAACCUCACUACUAGAAUUUUUUCAUUGAUAAAUUCUAUUAUUUCGAGAUCAGCGUUUGGUGAUAAAUCAGAUGAUCAGGUUGAAUUUGUGUCUUUGAUUAGACAAGCAAUAGCGCUUUCAACUGGACUUGAUCUUGAUGAUUUGUUUCCUUCGUCGAAAAUUCUUCAUAUGCUAACGGGGUAUAAAGGAAAAAUUGAGAAAAUUCACAAAAGGGUAGACAAAAUCUUAGAUAAUGUUGUGAGAAAACAUCAAGAAAAGAGAGCAGGAGGAGGAAAUGAUGGUAACAAGAGUGAAAUUGAGAAUGAAGAUCUUGUGGAUGUUCUUUUGAGAGUUCAACAAAGUGGAAGCCUUGAUAUUCAAUUGACUAUCAACAACAUCAAAUCUGUCAUUUGGGAUGUAUUUGCUGCUGGAACUGAUACAUCAGCAACAACAAUAGGGUGGGUUAUGUCAGAAUUGAUGAAAAAUCCGAGAGUUAGAGAAAAGGCACAAGCUGAGUUAAGACAAGCAUUCAAAGGAAUGGAACAAUUAUUUGAAAUUGAUUUAGAGGAACUCACUUACUUAAAAUUAAUUGUCAAAGAGACAUUGAGGUUACAUCCACCUUCUCCUUUGUUGGUUCCAAGAGAAUGCACCGAACAAACCAUCAUUGAUGGGUAUGAAAUACCAAUAAAGACUAUGGUUUUGAUAAAUGCAUGGGCAAUAGGAAGAGAUCCACAAUAUUGGAAAGAUGCUGAGAUGUUCGUUCCAGAGAGGUUUGAUGGCAAUUUAAUUGAUUUCAAAGGAAAUAACUUUGAGUAUAUUCCUUUCGGAGCUGGAAGAAGAAUGUGCCCGGGUAUGACAUUUGGUUUAGCUAGUGUUAUGUUUCCGGUGGCUCUAUUGCUCUAUUACUUUAAUUGGGAACUCCCAAAUAAGAUGAAAUCGGAGGAUUUGGAUAUGACCGAAGAUUUUGGACUCACUGUUGGAAGGAAAUAUGAGUUGUGUUUGAUUCCAACCGUUUAUGAUGUCUAACUCUAUAAUACUCAUGGUCUUUUAUUUUUUAUUUCAGCUGUGUCAUUAUCUAAUUUCAGAAAUAAAAUUAGAACAAAACCUAAUCAUUGCAUACAAUGAUACAAAUAGAAAAAUAAAUGUUGUUGUAAUAUUUGGCCUUUAAAGGCUUUGUGAUCACUAAGCUAGUUCAUAUUUUCAAGCAUAUGAAUAUACAAGUUUUUUUUCUUCUUCUUAAA